AAAGGCUGCCAUUUUCUUUCAUUCCAUGAUAUCCCGAAAGCCGAAUUUCGAGGUACCGACUGUAAUUUCACUCAAUAUUGCAGGGUCUGUAUAAUUGGAAGUGUCUGAACAAUCAGUGGAAUUUUCCUCAAACACCAUGUUUUGAGAAUUUUCUUGGAGGCAUGGCAUUUGAAAAAAGCAUCAGUCGCUUACAUUGAUUAUCAAGACAGAUAACUCUGUCACGUCACAUGACCUCAGCUUGUAGAGCUAGGAUCUCCAUAUGACGAUGGCCACUGAGUCACUUCAGCCACAAGAUUCCCGCGGCAGUGGCAUCAAAGGGGCUGUCCUGUGUAAGCAGUCGGAGAUAGAGGAAGACGAGCAGGAUACCAGUCCAGGAUCGGACCAGUCAGAUGCUACAAUCACUGCCGGGGACAAAGAUGUUCAAGGUCAAGGUGAUAAUGCUCCUGAGAUUGUCCAAUCAGAUGUCAGCAUUUCAGAGGAGCCAAGUUUGUCGACCAUUCAGAAUGGAACUCAAAAACUGAAGCAGCUGAAAAGAUCAGGUAAAGCAUUUGAAGAAUCGCCAUCCCCUGAUCCUCAUAUGCUGACCCCGGAGUCUGGCUCAAAUGGUCUGACCUCAUUAAAUCAUUCCCAGUCAUCAUCCAGAGAGAGGCUGCAUAAAUGUGGAUCACAGGGGUCUGAAGCAGGAUCUUCAUGUCUGUCACGUGAUUCCAGUUUUGAGUCUCCGUACAAAGAUUCUACAGGGAUCAAUCUGGAGGACUUCAUUCAUAAAACAAUAAAUAAAUCUCCCAAAGAUAGAAACAUGUUGCUGAAAUUAGAAACUGAUCUUAUUAACUUUAUCAAUGAGCCCAAACAUCACUACUUAAAGUUUCCACAGAUGUCAUCCUAUGAUAGGAUGUUAGUUCAUAGAAUUGCAGCGUACUUUGGAUUAGACCAUAAUGUAGACCAGACAGGAAAAUGUGUCAUUGUCAACAAAACCUCCAACAAAAGGAUACCUGAUUUCAGUUUUAAAGAACAUAUUGACAACCUAGAUUCAGUUCCUAAGGUCAAGUCCAUUAUUCAGAGAGAGAACAAGAGUCUGGAUGACAGAGAUAUAUACCCAAGAAAUUUAGACAAACCUUCUUUAGCACACACAAAAGCAAGGUCAUUUGAGGAGAGAAGAAAACGUUAUGAGAAAGUUCGAAGUAAAAUUUUCAAUAGCUGUGAUGCUGAUCCUAGCCAAGAGCCAAUGGCAUUUACUGAAGACGAAAUGAAGAAUGGAAUACCAAACAUGAUGUACAUUGGUAAGAAACCUGUUCGUCCUUCCAGUAUAAGUAGGAGUUCUGAGGGACAUCCCUGGAGCUCCACAGAUUCCAGUGGUUAUGGAACAGAUUGUUCAUCCAGAUCAAAGGGAAUUCCAAAGGCCAACAGCUUUGGUGGGUUACCCCACUCACAACAUAUCAAAACAUCUAACAAGAGCCAGAGUUUGUGUAAGGCUGACUCGUUGAACUCGGGGACAGCUAGCCCUGGUCUACAGAGACACUUUGCCACACCCCCUGGCAGUCGCUCCGGGAGCUCUCCCCUGUCAUGUAGUAGUUCCACUGGUCCAGUGCAAUCCCCCAUUCAUCAAGGCUUUUUACCUGGUCAGGGACAGAAUCAAGCUUUAUGGGUGGCCUCUGAUUACAGGAAUAUACCUCCAGGUGCAAUUAUAAUUAACCCUCAGACAGGUCAGCCUUACUCCAACCCUGAUGGCAGUGUGUACACGUACAAUCCUAACCUGCCCCUCCCUAAUGGUCAACCCCCCACAUCAAUGUUCCAGACUCAAGAGGCCUGGACACAAAGUUCGGUUAAUGAUGGGAUGAAUGGAACAGAGUUGUGUAAGCAUCUGUCAGCAAUGAACCUAAGUCAGCAGUCCUCCCUUGACAGUGUGGGGGAACCUCCAGGCCCACAGCCAAGCAUCCAGUUUAUUGUUGGGGGACAGAAUCAAGUACCAUCUGUUAACUUACCUCAGCAAUCUUAUCCUAUGGCACAGCCUCCAUUUUAUCAGGGUCCUCAGAACAUAAAUGGACAGCCUGCUGUGAGAUACGUGUACCCAGUGAAUUGUCAGAAUCAGUGCCAGCAUCAGAUGUCUGGUGAUAUGCAAAAUCAAACUUUCCCCCCAAGUUCCACUCAAGGAUUUGGGAACCAGUAUGGAGCAUCUUACAACUCGUAUCCUGUAAUGGCAAGUCAGGCAAUGGAAAGCUUUGUAAACUACUCACAGACUACAUAUCCUGUAGGUCAAGGUGAAAACAACGUGACAUAUUCCUCUUAUCCCGUGCAAUAUUCCUCAGGGCAGCAGCCUCAGCCCCAGCAAGUGUUUUAUCCGAGUACACCAAACAUACAGCAAGGAAUGACAAAUUACACGUUUGGAACAAAUCAAGGACAUUACCAGACCUCCCCACCUAGUCAACAGACUCUUCCCAGUGCUAAUGGACAUUUACAGACUGUACCCCAGGGUUCAGGGGUUAUUCCCAUCCCAGGAAACCUCCCCACCCCCACCUCAUCCCAGUUUGUGUAUCCCCAAAUUCCUCAAUUCCAAGGUCAGCCCAGAGUGGCCAGCCCUCAAAUCGUGCAGUAUCAAAAUGUGCCGAGCCAGCCUGGACUGAACCCCACAGGAAAUCCUACCCAGCCAUUUCCCAUCCUUCGUGGCCUGCAGAUGAACAUGCAGAUACCCCAGAUUCCAGGUGUGGUGUCACAAACACAGAGCGUUCCACCAGGAGGCCCGGUGACUGUCAGUGCUAAAGGAUGCACGUUUGAAAAUACACUGCCAAAAAAGGACUUUGAUAAGCAGGAGUAUGUUUUAGGGGGAAUAGGAAGCUUAGGAUCCCCUCUAGUGACAGGACCCCGACCUCUAGGACAAAUUCUUAGACCCCCUACACAGACAGACCUUCAGUUAAUAGGACAACCUAGUAUACGUCCACAAAUUCCACUACAGCCUGUUCUUCAUCAGCAAAAACCAAGAAUGUCAAAUCAGCCCAGUAGUAAACCUCAGAAACUAAGAAAAGUGGGCAGCAAAGAAGGCUCGGAAUCGUGCUCCUCCCCUCAGAAUGUGGAGUGUGAGAGUCCCUCAGUUGAGUUCUUAGAAGUUCAUGGAAUAUCAUCAGAUCUCUCCCGAGAAGAAAUUACGGAGAUGUUAUCUGAUUUAACAUCACUAGGAGUUCAAAUUGAGGUUCACAAUGAAGAAAGUGAAACAAGGACAAUUCUAGCCUUGCUACCAAGCAACCUAGCUGCAGCUGAUCUCAUACAAACCCAUAAUAACGGAAAUUAUCAGCUCCGAUUGUGCAAUUCUGAUAUAUAGCUAGAACAAAUUAUAGGAUGAUAUUUUUAUAUACUUCAGUUUUAGUGAAGAUCAUGUGCAGUGAAAAACCUCAGUGAAAUUUGUUCCGAUUUAGAAAACACAGCUGAUGGAUGAGGGCAUAUAGAAAUUAUUGUAUUUCGCUGUGUUUAAUGGAUUCUAAAGGUCAACAUUUUAACAAUGAAAAUAGUAUUUUUACAGUCCAUGUUUAAAUAUUGUUGUUAGGUUUAUACUUAAUAUAUAUUAUAUAUCUAUAUCCGAGUUGAUUUUGAAAAUAUUUAGUGUGUCUAUUAAUAACGAAACCUGUUAUAUUUCUUUUUUAAAUUUCAAUAGGAACUAUUCUUUUUUUUAGCAUCUGAAAUCUGAUAUUCCUGUAUAACAUCAGGGUGUACCUUGGAAUCUCGUUUUUACUCUUUAACCUAGGGUAUAUGUAACUGUUCUGUGUUAAGUCGUAAAUAAUGUCGGAACCUUGGUAAUUAAACUUGUGUUUUCCAAUAUUUCCCCCUCGUCUGUCCCUCUGUCAUGUUUACUCCCCUUCAUCAUAUUCUUAUUCGUAGAUAUUUAAAAAAAACUUGUUCUUCAGAAUUUUACAUAACUUUUCUUUAAACACUCAUUGGAAAAUCAUUUCUGAAAAUGAAAACGGUCAAAUAUUGAUGAAGCAGAAUUUAAGAAUAUUCAGAUUUCUCUUGGAUUUGUAUAUUGUCAUUCAUUAACAUUUGGUGAAGAAUCCAUGACAGCUUAGUUUAUUGUUGAAAUUCUUACAAAAGGAGAAAAAUUACACAGUAUGUUGAUUCCCAAUAAGUUUAUUUUCUAUGCACCCUACCAAUGUGCCUGGUUCUGCUGUUGUUGUCAUCGUCUAAGAAACCACUCAGUAUUGAUGUAAGAAAUUCUGUGUACCAGAGUUUAUGAUAUUGGUGUGAUCUUUUUUUUCGUAAAGUUUCUAUAACACACAUACUGUUUAGUUCUGUAAACGAUGGGAUCAUUUUUCGUUUGUUCUUUAUUUUUGUGAUCUCCGAAUGUUGCUUUAAGUAUGUGCAUCAUUUGCAAAGAGCAGUACCUCUUUCUGAUAAAGGCCUCCUGACUUUCGCACUCGACGUAAAACUCCUUUAUGAUUAAGUACACUGCUGCUCUGUCAUUGGAUGAUUACCAAGAGCUGAAAUUUGACAAAAAAAAAAGUGUGCUGGACUGAUGUUGUACGUGAGUAGUUUAUCUGUAACCCUGUCGAGCAGUCUUUUACAAAGUCGCUUUGUGUGUAGAAUCUUGAUGAAGUAGGUGUAAAUUUCUACACUACGAAAUAAUCAAAAACUUCUAUAAGCAGAUGCCUUCAUAAAUGAAUCAAAGUGUACUUUCAACUCAGGUUAACUUGUAUUUAUUUGCCAAUGUAAAUCAUGCUUUUAUUAUCUGUGGACAACAGUGUUACAGAAAAUAUUUUCAACUGAAACAUACAGUAAAAUUUUAUGAAUAUUUAAAAUAAAUUUACUUGAAGCAGGUUGUUUCAGAAAUGACUAUUUUUACAGAAUAGAAGAACCAAACACGAUUCACAUUGCCCAUGUGAGUGAAACAUUACCAGAGUCCAAAGCCAGAUGUAAUAAUCUUAUCAGACUACCUUGUCCUUCAUUUAUAUGUGUCAUAAGUUGGCUUUGAUUCUACUGUUCUGUGAUAGCGAAUGCAGUUGUGAAAUUGUUUAUGUGUUAUGUGUAUUUUCAUUGUCACCAACAAUUCAGUCUGUUUUAGUCAAUUUUUUAAAAAUUUUUGUUGAUAAUAAAAAGUCUACUGCAUUGCAA